AUGGAAAAUGAGCAACACAUUAUUAUAAAUAUAGAUUAUAUCGAUUCUAAAAUGGAGGAUGCUGAUAUGAUUCAAAAUGACAAUUCUUCUUAUACAACGACGCGUCCAUCGUUUAUUAAUUCCUUAGAUCCAUCUACAUCCAUUCAACAAAUAUCAAAUUCACCGAUAGAUUCACGUGAGUCAACAACUUGGGAUGUGGAAUCGUUUCUAAACAGUGAGAAUCGUAAAGUGACUUUUGAAAAUGAUGAUGAAAUCGAUGAAGGCGCAGUUGAAAAGGUUUUCAUGGCAAUAAAUAUUAGAAAACGUAAAUUGGGAUGUGCUUAUUAUGCCGUUGUCACCUCAACAUUAUAUCUUAUGGAAGAUAUUGAAGAAUCUUCACCAUAUGAUGUUGUUAAUUUAUUAAGAUAUCAAAUUAAGCCAUCCGUAAUUAUUACAAGUUCACGUGCAGAUGAAAGUUUUAUCCAAAUCUUACAGUCUCAAGAUGAUACGAUUCCGGCCCAAACCGUGGUGGAAAUUCGUCCUGGUGCUGAAUUUGUUUAUGCUUCGGCAAAGACGAAACUUUUUUCUAUUCGUCUGGCAAACCAGCAAAUGGAAAAUAACAAACAAGAAAUUUAUUUACAAUUGUCAAGUAUUUUAAACAUGGAGAGUGUCGAAACAAUUUGUUGUGCUGGAGCAUUGAUUAAUUAUAUUUCAAGGAUAAAAAUGACAGAUGAGCUACAAGAUAACCAAUUAUUGGAAGUUUUAACCAUUGAACAAUUUUCUUUCUCACUGCAAAUAUUCGAAGACGAAUCACACCCCAAUAUGCAUAUGCAAACUAAAUUUAAAGAAGGUUUAUCACUCUUUGGAAUUCUUAAUAAUACACGCACAGUUAUUGGUAAACGUCUUCUUAAGCAAUGGAUGCUUCGUCCUACACUUGACCUUGCCGUUCUUGAGGAGAGAUUUUGCACCAUAGAAUGUUUUCUCAAACCAGAUAAUUUGGAAAUAUCAAAUCAAUUGGCAUCCUGUUUAAAGCAUAUUAAAAACAUUCCAAAGAUUAUUGAAAAGAUGAAAGGAAAAUUAAAUGUAAAAGAUUGGCAAUAUGCGUUGCAGUUUACAUUUUAUUGUCUUAAAAUUCGAAACCUUUUAAGAGAAUUGCGACGUGUCGAUAAUGUUAAAAUAUUAGAUAGGAUCAAAGAAAUAUUUGUUGUUUCCGAUUUAAAUGAUAUUGGAUCUAAUAUAAAUGAUGUGAUUGAUUUCGAUGAAAGUGUCAAAGAAAAUCGAAUUGUAAUUAAGCCACAUAUCGAUGAGGAAUUAGAUCAUAUGAAACGAACUUAUGACGGAUUAGAUGAUUUCUUGGUCGCUCGCGAAAUUAGUACAACUAUUCCAACCGAAUUUGCAUCCACUCUAAAUGUCAUUUAUUUUCCACAACUGGGAUACCUAAUUACAGUUCCAUUGAAACCGGAAUGGAAGGAAGAACAAGACUUUCAAAUCAAUGGUUUAUAUUAUCAAUUCAGCACAGCUACAAUUGUAUAUUAUAAAAACGACAAAAUGAGAGAAUUAGAUGAAUAUUUGGGUGACAUUCAUGGGCUUAUUGUGGAUCGAGAAAUAGAAACAGUACAGAAAUUACAAGAUCGUACUUUAGAACAUGUUCCAUUAUUAUUAAAUGCCAGUGCAGUUUGUUCUGAACUUGAUUGUUACCUUUCUUUGGCAGAAUCUGCAAGGCGGUAUGGCUAUCGUCGACCUUUUUUAACUGAAGAGAAUAUUUUAAUGAUUGAAAAGGGAAGACAUCCAUUACAAGAACUUUGUGUUGAUGCAUUCGUUGCAAAUGAUACACAACUUGUUGGUGGUAGAGGAAUCAUAAAUGAAGAAAAUGCAGAAAGAGAUGAAGAAAAUUCUACCACAACAAAUAACUUUUAUAACAGUGUCAUAUUAUUGAGCGGCGCCAAUUAUUCUGGAAAAAGUGUAUAUUUGAAGCAAGUCGCGUUAAUUACUUAUAUGGCACAUAUUGGAAGUUUUGUACCAGCCGGAUCGGCUACUAUAGGCUUGACGGAUAAAAUUUUUACUCGAGUACAGACAAGGGAAACAAUUUCAAAGAUUCAAAGUGCAUUCAUGAUUGAUCUCCAACAAAUAUCAAUUGGACUUCGUAACUCUACUUCAAGAUCAUUAUUAAUUUUUGAUGAAUUCGGGAAAGGAACCGGUUCUACAGAUGGUGCCGGAUUAUUCUGCGGUGUCAUGGAACAUCUAUUAAAACGAGGUAGAAAUUGUCCAAAAGUGAUAGCAGCGACCCAUUUUCAUGAGAUUUUUGAGAACAAUCUUCUUUCAAAUUCUCUUCCGAUAACAUUGGUCACCAUGGAGAUUGUGAGGGAUGAUAAUGAUGAAGAACUUACAUUUCUUUACCGCCUUGUACCAGGCCGAAGUACAUCAUCUUGGGGAACUUUUUGUGCAACAAUUGCUGGCAUUCCUAAUCACGUUGUUCAACGAGCGAGACAAUUAUCGCAACUUUUUUCGAGAUAUGAAUCAAUUCCGCCACAAUUUAAUGAUGAUCGUGAACAUCGUUCAUAUGCUACAUGUGAAUUAAUUGCAAGAAAAUUUUUAGAACUUGAUUUAGAAAAGAAACAAAUAGAUGUAGAUGGAUUCUUAGAAUGGGCAGACAGAGAAUGCUUUGGUACCCGACUUCGACCCCUCACACUUACCCUCCCCAAACCUCUAGUGGAAUUCUGCAAUAAACCUAUGAUAUUACAUCAGAUAGAGGGUCUCGUUAAGGCCGGAGUAACAGAUAUCGUUUUGGCCGUAAAUUAUCGUCCCGAAAUAAUGGUUGACCUUCUUAAAAAUUAUGAAGAAAAAUACAAAGUUAAAAUUACAUUUAGCGUGGAAACUGAACCUUUAGGAACUGCUGGUCCACUCGCGUUGGCUAAAGAAAUUCUUGCUAAGGACAAAUCUCCAUUCUUUGUAUUAAAUAGCGAUAUCAUUUGUGAAUUUCCAUUCGAACAAUUAAGAGAUUUUCAUGCGGCUCAUAAGAAUGAGGGUACCAUUGUGGUUACAAAAGUUAAUGAACCCUCAAAGUAUGGUGUUAUUGUUAAUCGUCGUGAUUCGACCUUAAUCGAGCGAUUUGUCGAAAAGCCCGCGGAAUUUGUCAGUAAUAAGAUCAAUGCCGAAAUCUUCCCGAAAAUGGCAACUGAUUAUCAAUUACAUGCCUUCGAUCUGGAAGGUUUUUGGAUGGAUGUUGGACAACCAAAAGAUUUCUUAACGGGCACCGUCUUAUAUUUAUCAAAUAUUUCUAAAAAACAACCACAACUUUUAGCUAACUCGGCAAUCGAUAAAUAUGUAUGCGGUGGUAAUGUGCUUGUUGAUCCUACGGCUAAAAUAGGUAAGGACUGCAGGAUCGGCCCAAAUGUUACAAUUGGACCAAAUGUUAUUAUUGGGAACGGAGUCAGAUUACAAAGAUGCGUUAUAUUAGAAGGAGUAAGAGUCAAAGAUUUUGCCUGGGUUAAAAAUAGCAUAAUUGGAUGGCACUCUACACUUGGCAGAUGGACUCGCCUUGAAGGUGUUUCUGUAUUGGGAGACGAUGUGGCAGUUAAUGAUGAGAUUUAUAUAAAUGGGGGAUGCAUUUUACCUCAUAAAUGUAUUGCUACAAAUAUUACGGAACCUCAGAUUAUAAUGUAA